AUGAGGAGUAGUCAAAACCGAACCCCAUUUCUGUCCCCUGUUCCUACCACGACCAAUACUGAUCCUUAUAGAAAGUCACGUUCAGCUCCAUUUUUGACGGCAAGGGUCACAUCCAAAUUAAGCUUCCCUCUUGUUUCUCCCAGUGACCACUGGGGUAUGUGGACCUUUCUGUUUGCCUCCGGUGCUUUUGGUAUAUGGUCAGAAAACACGAAGAUUGGGAGUGCCAUUAGUGGGUGUGUGACCAGCAUUUUGGUGGGGCUUGCAGCUAGCAGUUUUGGAAUCGUUGGCAGCGAUGCUCCGGCAUACUCAACUGUAAUGGAGUUCCUACUUCCCUUGAUUGUUCCUCUCAUGUUGUUCAGAGCCGAUCUGUACCGUGUCAUCAAAUCAACUGGAACCCUUCUCUUGGCUUUCAUGAUUGGUUCAGUUGCAACUAUAGUUGGAACAGGAGUGGCAUAUUUUCUGGUGCCAAUGAGGUCGCUGGGUGAAGAUAGUUGGAAAAUAGCAGCAGCUUUAAUGGGCAGACACAUUGGUGGAGCUGUUAAUUAUGUUGCUGUUGCCAAAGCCCUUGGCCUCUCUCCCUCCGUUCUAGCAUCUGGGCUAGCUGCAGAUAAUGUUCUAAAUGCUGUGUUUUUUGCCACUCUGUUUGCUUUAGCCUCUAGACUGCCUCCAGAAGAUCAAAAAUCAGAAGGUAUGCCAAAUUCUAGUGCUAAAUUGGAUGAAGGGUCAGAGAAUAGCAAAAAAUUUCCAGUGUUACAGAUGGCAACAUCUAUUACUGUGUCAUUUGCUAUCUGCAAGAUUUCCACUCUACUCACAAACUAUUUGGGAAUUCAAGGAGCUCAACUCCCAAUUAUUACAUUAAUCUCUGUCAUGCUGGCAACAACAUUUCCAAACCCAUUUGCUUAUCUUGCACCAUCUGGUCAGGGAAUGGCUCUAAUUCUCAUGCAGGUAUUCUUGACGGUGGUGGGUGCAAGCGGGAGCUUAUGGAAUGUGAUCAACACAGCACCAAGCAUUUUUGUGUUUGAUUUGAUUCACUUGGCUGUUCAUCUGGGUGUGAUACUUGGUGUGGGAAAGCUUCUGAGGUUUGAUGACAAAUUGCUGCUCCUUGCAUCAAAUGCUAAUGUUGGAGGCCCUAACACAGCUUGUGGGAUGGCCACAGCCAAAGGCUGGGCUUCCCUCAUCGUCCCAGGAAUCCUUGCUGGUGUUUUUGGAAUCUCCAUUGCAACUUUCUUAGGAAUUGGAUUUGCUGUCACUGUACUGCAGAACAUUUACAAGCUUCGGAUUUAA